AACAAUCAAAUUAACUAAGCGACAUUAUUGUAAAUUUCUGGCUCGCUUUUAAUCAUCAAAUUUGAGACUUUUGGUAUUUUCAUAAUAAAAAACAACACACAGAAAGCAGAUCGGAAGCACAGCUAAAAGAAAAUAACAAGACACCGGAAAACAUCAAGUCAAAUAAAAAAAAUGACAGAAACUAAUGCAGCAGUAAAAACAACUGUUGAAAUUACUGAUACGAUGGCAGCCUCGACGGCUCCGUCUCUGGUGCAGACCACAUCAAGAACGACAACAACAACAGGAACUCCACGACAAAGAACUUUGAUGCGUGCUGCGGAAAUGGACGCUGAUACCGAUGAGGCUGAUGCGGAUGAUGUAGAUGAUGGUAAAGCUGCUGCUGAUUCUCCAGCUGCUGCUGCUGCUACUGCUACUGAUGAUGAUGAUGAUGCGGCGGACAGCAUCACUUUGGAGCUGGCAUUGUCACCCAACACGCCCACACCACCACCCACCACUGCCGACGAGGAUCUGGCUGAGCUGGACAACAGCAAGCCUUUCAAGGUCAAGGAUAUCACACGUAACAUACGCAAGGCCGUUGUAGCCACAACAUUGGCCGAGCUGCGCCUCAAGGUGGCCGCAAAGUUUCAGCGAGCUCAGCCGGCGAUUCAUUUGGACUGCGACGGCACAGAAAUUGAUGAUGAGGAGUAUUUUUCCACACUGGAGGCGAAUGCAGAGUUAAUUGCCGUUUUCCCCGGCGAACAGUGGAGGGAUCCCAGCGAUUAUAAUGCAAAUAUGCGCCGUAGCUCACUGGACGCUCAGCGCCUACGCAAGCUGGUGGGUAAGCUGCAGCAGAAUCUGCUCAACGAUGCCGAUUUGGAUAAGCUAUCGAAUAUGGAUCCCAAUUCACUGGCAGACAUCACCGGGCGUGAGCUGAAGGACAGCGAUUAUUGUGUUCAGAGCGAGGCAGCACGACGAUCUACGGAGUUGUCCUGUUAAAUGGAUUGCAACAAUUGUUGCCAUUAGUCAUGAUUUCUUCGAAUAUUUGUGUCUAUUCAAUUUGAAACACCUAGAAACCUACCCAAUAUUCCUGCACAUAUGGGAAAUAGCAUAGCACAGUGAACCGUCGCUUAUGAUAGAUUUGUAAGGAAUUUGUAAGAGUUUUGUAUGUCAAGCUGGAGCUGAUCAGAGAAUGCAGUUUCGGGUAUUUUUGGAGCAUGUUUUGAUAGCACAUAUUGAGAGCGACGAUUUAGACAAUUAUAUAACAUAUAUAUGUAUACUGUAUAUUUAUGUAUUCUAGUUGUAGAGCACUUCCGGACACAAUAAUCUAGAGGCCACAGUAUCUUCAGGAUAAUCAUAUUUUUUUAAACCUACCUUGUGAAUAUGAAUAUGUGAAAUUAAAAUACACUUCGAAUUGAAAACUAGUCUGUUCCUAGACCAAUAUGCAACAUAUGUAGACCAAAGUUCAAUAAAGCCCUUUGUCUAUCUUAUCUACCUAAGAUACUUUAGCUGCUUGAAAAGCAAUCGCAUGUGUUUACAAUCCAAACCACAAACAGGGUUGCCAGAUCUAUUUAUUUAUUUGAUAUUCGAUUAUAGUAGAAAAUAUCUGUAUAUAUAUAGUAUAUAUAUUUUCAAUGAAAACGUUUGUAAAUUUAUCACACAUAGUUUUGGUUAAUAGGGAGCAACUCGACUUUUAA